AAUAUUUACAAAAUACAAAAUUGCGAUUUAUGUUACAAAAACCGAUUACCAAAGAAACUAACAUUAGAGUUAGCAAUUAAAGUUAAAAGUUAUUUCUUUGACGAGUGUUUAUUUAUACUGUUUAAUUGUUUUUUAAUGUUAUAUAUGUUAUUAUUGUAUAAGUAGUUUGUAAAUUGUAAAUCAGUUAAAUAAUUUUUGUUUUAUCAAAUGCAUACGUUAGCGUACAAACAUAAUAAUGCUCACGAAGAUAGUAUUUGGGCAUGUGAUUGGGGUGAAUUACGAACCACAAAAACUAUAGAUCGAGACGAUUUUGAUAAAGGUGACGAGUCUGACGAAGAAGUACAAGAACUUUCAACCGAUUGUAUAGUUACCGGUUCCAUUGAUGAAACUGUGAAAAUAUGGAAUUAUGAUAAGGCCACCAAUCUCAAUCUGGACAAAACUCUUAGUGAACAUACACUAGGUGUAAUAUCUGUUGCACUGAAUUCAGAUGCAUCAAUUAUUGCAUCAAGUGCAUUAGAUUCCACAUUAAUGCUAUGGAACACUAAGACAGGAGAAAAAAUAAAAACAUUCUCAAUAGGACCUGUCGAGUUAUGGACUAUUGCAUUUUCACCAGAUGACAAUUAUAUUAUUUCUGGUAGUCAUUGUGGUAAAAUUAAUUUGUUUGGAGUAGAAACUGGGAAACAAGAACAAACAUUUGAUACUAGAGGAAAAUUUACAUUGAGCCUAGCCUAUAGUCCAGAUGGUAAAUACAUAGCUUGUGGUGCUCUAGAUGGUAUCAUCAAUGUCUUUGAUGUAUUGUCUGGCAAACUUACUCAUACACUAGAAGGACAUGCAAUGCCAAUUCGAUCAUUAUGCUUUUCAUCAGAUUCAAAAUACUUAUUAACAGGAGCAGAUGAUGGUCAGAUGAAAAUCUAUGCGGUUCAUCAUGCUGAAGUAUUGGGAACUGUAUCUGGUCAUGGUUCAUGGGUAUUAAGUGUGGACUUUUCUCCAGAUUGUAAAAGCUUUGUUUCGGGCAGUGCUGAUAAUACGGUUAAAGUCUGGGAUGUAGGCAACCGUAGUUGUUUAAAUACCUUAAAAGAACAUAAAGACAAAGUAUGGUGUGUGAAAUAUAACUCAACUGGAGAUAAAAUGGUAUCAGUAUCUGAUGAUGCAUCAAUUAAUAUAUAUUCAUCACUUUAAUAAUUUAACUAGCUUCCAGUGUAAAAAAAAAUUACAGUAUUAAUAAUACUGACUAAUUUUUAUGUAUAUAAUCUAUAAUAAACAAUAUACACCUAUUACAAAUGUUAUCAGUGUAAAAAUUGUAAUUUAAUUUAGAUCAAUAUAAAGUUAAGUGUUUACACAAUUGCCUUAUAUGUAUCAUUAUUUUUUUUUUUUUUAAUAUCAACCAAAAACUUAAUCAAUUUUGCUUGAAAAUAACCUUAUUAUAUUAUAAUGUAUAAAAUGAAAGCUUCUGUUUUAUAAUUUCAAUUUUACCUACCUAUCAUAUUUUGCAUAAUAUAUUUAUUCAUAAAAAGUUAAAACAAAUUAGUUUUUUUACAAUUCAGUAAAAACAUGUUUUAAAAAAAAGCAUUUGUACUCAAGUAAAGAUACACAAGAGUAGGAUUAUGUAUUUUUAUAAAGUGUGAUUCAAAAUUAUGUUUUCACUCAUUUCUUCCUUUAAUAAUUAAUUAAUCUUAAUUAUUAUUUUUAAAACUAUUAACUAUACUAAAUACCCUUAAUAACCAUAUUUUUAAUUUUUUAGAAAAAAAACUAAAAAAGUGUUUUACAAUACAAUCUUUUUUCAAACAAGAACCAACCUUUUUUUACUUUAAAUUGUUAGGCCUGUGAUUAUUUUUUUAAAUCGAAAUUUAAUGGGUAUUUUUUAAGUGAUGUAAAUAUAUAUAGCAAGUAUAAUAAUCCUUAAAUAUGGUUUUACAAAAAUAUACUAUAGAUGUAAUAAGGAUCUAGCCAAUCAUUACAAAUUAUAAAUGUUGAUAAUUGAUGAUUAAUAUUAAGUAGUAAAAUUUUCAAAUUAUUGUAACCUCUAUUUCCUAUUAUUAUUGUAACCUACUUGACACUUUUAUCUUUAAUGAACAAGAAAACUAAUCACUAAAAUUUCUACUUAGACUCUAAAUAUGUCAAAAUCUCUCCAAAUCAAAUCCUUUUUAAUUAAAUACAAAGUAGAUAUCUUUUUUUUAACAUUUUAAAAAAAUUGAAAAAAAUGAUGCACUUCAUUGUGCUUGCAUAAAAUGUUAUUUUUGAUGUUUGUUAUACAAGGUGAUUCUUUUAUCAAACAACACUCAUUAUUUCCAAAAGUAUUCAUGUUUUUGAAAAUAUUUUUUACAUAGUUUCAAAUUGUUAAAAAAUGAAUACUUUUGGAAAUAAUGAGUGUUGUUUGAUAAAAAAAUCACCCUGUAUAUCACUCUAUUAAGAACUUGAUAAUGUAUUAAUAAAUAAUAUGAGCUAACCUUCUAAUAUUUUAUCACCAGCAGAUACCUGAAUGUAUGUUUGUCAAUUAUUCAAUUUGCUCAAUAUGUAUUUAAUGUACUUUAUGUUAUUUAUGUGUAUAAUAAUUAGUAUGUUGAUAAUUGUUGGUAGUUCAGAGAUGUGGGGUUUAUGCUAAACAUUAUUAUAUUAUGUGUGAGACUUAAGUCUUUUUUCUAAAAAAGUAGAUAAUUUGUAACUGUAAGGUAAUGAUUAAUAUACCAACAUUUGAUAGUAAAAGGGUUAUCAAAUUUCUAAAAAAUCGUAACAAUUAAUUUCUAAAUAAUCCAAUCUAGUAAACUACAAAUAUCAAUAAAAAAUGUAGAUUUGAUUAA